ACUCCCAGCGUGACCCGGAAGCAGCCAGUGCAAAGGAGAGGUUGCUGCUGCCUUGGUUGCGGUCUAGGCCGGAAUUGGGGAGAUGCUGCUGGCCUCCCAGGAAAAGUCCGCCUCAAGGAAAAGGAGCAGGCUGAGUGGCUGGGAACGGUUCACAAGGAAGCCGAGUCCCAAGCCUGCCUUUGACCCUGACAAUAUGGAACACUGGAUGAAGAGAGUGGAGAAAGCCUCAAAGCUGGCAGUUUCAGAAGUGCCCUCCGUGGGGAGAAGACUCUGGGACCAAAUCAUCGAUUUGGAAGCGUCUGAGCAAACAGGGGAUCCUGAUGAAACCUGUGCAGAAGCUCAGAAGCUGGUCAGUGAUUGGUUAGACACCAAACUUAAGCAAGAACUAGCAAGCGAUGGAGAAGGGGAUGCUGGAAACACUGUGUCGAGCGUCGCUGCUGUGCCAGAAGUCUGUGGCCUUUCGAAAUACAACAAGUUUGACGAUUUGUGUGGCUAUUUGGAGGAAGAAGAGGAAAGUACCACUGUUCAAAAAUUUAUAGACCACCUGCUCCAUAAAGAUGUGUUGGAUUCUGGGAUGUUGGAAGGUCUUGGAAUGAAGGAAAACCAAGACAGGAAGCAGCAGAAGGACCCUUGUCUUACCAUGGAGAUGAGACAUAAGCAGGUGAAAGAAAAUCGCUUAAGACGGGAGAAGGAACUAGAGUGCCAGAGAAUCGAAAAGGCCUUGAGAAAAGCGGCCUUCUUAGAGGCUCAGCGUCUGGUGCAAGAAGAGAAGAAAAGGAAGGCCCUGGAGGCCAAGAAGGAGGAGGAGGAGAUUCAGAGGGAGAUGGUGAAGCUGCGCAGAGAGAUAAUCGAGAGGAGACGUACCGUGGAAGAAGUGUGGAAAACAGAGAAGAAAAAGCAAGAAGAAAGUUCUCAAAGGACGCCAGAAAAAGAUAUGUGUGAAAGUGCUCCUAUUCCUCUGGAUGAAGAAAAAAUAGCAAAAGAGAGAAAGAGGAAACUGAAAGAGUUAUUAAUCCAAGUUUCCAAGGAAAAUCACCAGACAGUCUCUUCGCAUCUCGUUUGGGCCCCAUCGUUUAAUAGAAGACUUCCUGAGGAACACAGUGCAGACACUCUUAUCAAAACACAGGUGCAGUGUCAAAAACGGUAUUUCUCUGCCUGGCACAAGCUGAUUCUUCAUCAUAGGAUUGAGCUGGGGAAAGCUGGGACGCUGUCCGACUGGAAGCUUCAACUGAAGGUCCUGCGAGCCUGGAGAGACUACACGAGAUUCCAGCAGUUAGAGCGGGAGACUCAAGCCAUGGAAAAUGAUCUCAGGGAAGAAAACAGAAAACAACAGCUAGCCACUGCACAUAACCGGAAACAAGUCCUCCGGCACUGCUUUGCAGAAUGGUACCAUUGGCAUCACGGUGAGAUCGGAAGGAGAGAGCUGGCCGUAACAAAGGAGGAAACCAGGAGGAAAAUGGAUGAGCUACUGAAGGCAGCAUCACUAGGGAAACUCUGUGCCCGUGGGUCUUCAGGCCCAAGUACUCUACUCAAGGAUCCAUCCAUGAGACACGGAGAGGUGACUGCUGUGCCCCCCUUGUGGGAAAAGCCUCCUUUGGAGAGCACUGGUUGUAUGCCCCGUCCUCCUCUAGGAAGGCCAGCAAAGAACACCUCUCAGGCCUCUCUUCAGAAUGUCCCCCUAAACACACCUGACAAGAAGCAGCCCAGAACUGUGGAUGCUGCACCCUCCCAAGAGCCUAGCAGCAACGAGAAGCUUAGAACCACCAGCCAGAAAGCAGAGCCCAUUUGCAUGGGCCAUUUCCACAACCGCCACAUCGUCCAGCAGCAGCUGAUUGAGAGGCAGAAGAAGAAACUUCAGGAACAGCAGAAAAUAAUUCUUGAACUGAAGGAAAACCAGCGGCUGGCAGAGGCUCGAUGGGCAACGGAGCGUGCCGCAGCGGGCACAGAUGGGCAGAGCCGCCUGCUGUCGAAUCCCAGAGAAGAGGAGGAACCAAAAAGAGCAUGUCAGAUGCUUCUUAACUCGCCUGCUGCUUUCCCUGGGACUGAGGCCAGUAGGAGCGACUCCCAAAAUUCUCUUUCUGGACCCAGAAGGAACCCAAGGCAGCCAUUGGCACCCCAUCCUAUAUUGAAAGCCAUGGAAGAGAGAGCAAGUCAGCGCGCCGAACGUAGGCGGAUCUUGGCAGAGAGGAAGAAAAAACAAGAAGAGGAGAAACUGGCCCAGUUAAAGGCCCAAGAGGAGGAGCGCCAGAAGAGGGAAGCGGACGAAAAGGAGGCUCAGCUUGAAAGAAAACGAGAAGAGCAGAGACUGCGGAAAAUGAAAGAACUAGAGAGGCAGAAGAGAAUUGAGAGGAACCAGCAGUUGGAGGCAAUAGCAAAAGAACAUUAUGAAAGGGUUGUGCUAAGAAAAAAAGGUCUGGAGCCUUGGAAGAGAUUGAGAAUGCAAAUCAAGCAAAACAUGCAGGUGGCCAAAGAACAUCACUCUCUGGCAACACAGAGGAAAUGCCUGCUGAAGUGGUUCCGGUGCUGUCAGCACAGCAUGGCUGGAAAGGCAGCCCAGGCCGAUCAGCUUUAUUCCCAAAUCCUGCAGAGGAGAGCCAUCCGGAGCUGGCUGCAGUACCUGAUUGAUCUGGAAGAGGAAGUACGAAAACUGUAUGGACAUUUUCUCCGGAAGAAGGUUUUCAGGGCCUGGCUUAACACGGUCAGGGAGGCCAAGACUGAGUCUCAGAGCAAGUACGAGACUGCGGCGGAGCAGAGUGACAGGAGAAUUUUCAGGACCACGUUUCAGACCUGGAAACAGUCUGCAAGACUGAUGAAAGAGGAGAGACUAAAAGAAGAAAGGAGAGCACAGCUCCGCAGGAAGGUGGCUGAGAUUCUUCCAGACUUCCAGAUGCCGGCCCCGCCGUAACCAUUACCUGUCCGUCCUCAGCCCUUGUGUGAGAGAAGUCUCUGCUCCGCCAGGGAACACGGCCCAAGGCAGUGCUGGGGAGGGGAGUCACAGUUGGUCCAUAAUGCGUGUGUGUUAUUGCCACUCACCCACCUACUUACAUACGUACUCCUGGUUUGUUGUCUGUCGGAUACUUCUGGGAUCAAUGGAGUUAUUUGAGAAGUCUGUAUUUCCUUCUUUGAUUUCUCCUGGACUGUUAAUCAGAAAUUCACUAAAGCUUUUAUUUCCAUGGGUCAUUUGAAGUAACAGUCUAGAUCUCCACUGUUGGAAUGUAUCCUAUUUAUUUGUAGCAUGAUAAACUUUAAAAAUAACUAACAGGUGUUAGCCAGCCUGAGGCCGUGAACGAAGAUACGUACCCUCCUAGCUUAAUGUGAGUUGUUGAUUAAUGUACCUUUAAUUAAAUAGAAAGGAAAUGAAUACUUAGAAAAGGCGGCAUAGGAGGUCAGUCUUCUAGUACCUUAGCAUCAGAGACAGGCAUCGUACCAGACACCAUCUCCUCUGGCCACCCGUGAUGGAAAUCUGUGUUUCUAAAGGUGCCCUGAAUGGUUGCUGCAAAGAGUUAGCAGUUAUCCUAAUUUCAGAGAAACGGGGACAGUACAGAUACCUGAGUGCACCUUGAUAAGCGUGAGCUACUACUCCAAAAGCUAAUGACUGUCAAAGGCAAUCCAGCAACUUCGUUAAAAUGCCUGUGCACGCUCCUGAUUGCAAUUUCUCCACGAUACACUCAAGGUUUGUCUUCUAGGCCUCACCUCAGCUCUAGAUACUGAAAUAGGUUAUCAUCAAUCGAAAGAUGUUUUAACCUUUAAGGUGCUAUGGGGUGUAAAAGACUGACAAAAGACUCCCCUGUGUGGACUUAAAGAGAAUUCCCUACUAGAAAAAAAGCUCAUAACAAAGUAGAUGUUUACUCCAACAAAUCCUGGUCAUCCGGUAACCAAGUCAAGUAAACGCACACAGUGAAGCGAGAAAGGCCUUUGCAGCCCUGAGGUAAUUGUUAUUUGGUGUUUUGAAAACUGGAGUUGGUAAAAUAAAUUUCUGUGGUCGUUCAAGUGACUAUCCCUGUAUUUUCUUUUACUUCUUAGAAGAGUGUCUCGCUAUGCCACCUACAAAAUGCCUCACCUUGUUUUUUUCUGUGGAAGAUGUGUGAUUUACUCAGAGGUGACAGAACACCCCAAAUUGAAUUUUAUUUCUAUAUACUCUGUCCCUACACAUCUUUUCCUCUACUGGUUAUACAACUGUCAUCUAAAAACUCCAUUUUUUUUCUUC